AAAAGAAUGUAAAAUUGUAUGAAGUGGUCCGCUUAAAACCGUUGGAACCUUAUCGAAUUUACACCCAAAAUAGAAAAAUAAAAAUGUCUCACGUCAUGGUGGUUCUGCCCUGUUUCGCCACCGUCCGGUCGGCGGCGAACCGGCCACGACAGAACGGAAACUCAAAGACCAAGAAAAUGCAAAGCCGGAGCAGUGGGGGCGCAUCACUCGGUUUCGGCGGUGAGAGAAAGGAUCCUCCGUGGCAGUGCGUACAGGGCUGCGGUGCGUGCUGCAAGCUCGACAAGGGUCCCUCCUUCGCCACCCCUGAAGAGAUCUUCGAUGACCCUUUAGAUGUUCGACUGUAUAGAAGCUUAAUAGGUCCAGAUGGAUGGUGUAUACACUACAAAAAGAGCACAAGAACAUGCUCCAUUUACUCUGAUCGUCCAUAUUUUUGUCGCGUGGAGCCGGAUAUUUUCCAAGAAUUGUAUGGAAUUGAUAAGAAGAGAUUCAACAAGGAGGCUUGCAGUUGCUGUAGGGAUACAAUUAAAGAAGUAUACGGUUCCAAAUCGAAGGAGUUGGAUAAUUUUAAUCAUACGAUAAGGAGCUCGAGUUCUAAUUAGCUGUUUUUCUUUGAUCUGCUGAUCUUAAUGCCAAAGGAUUUUGAACAGAUUGUACUCAAGUGAUAUCUGAAAUAAAUCAUUGUUUUGUAAAUUUGGUUGC